CUCACGGAAGUCCUUUUCUUCCUUUCUGCCGCAGCUGAAGUCCCUUUUGGAUUUACGUCGGCGGUCAACAUGCCGGCCCUCAGACCCUUGACGAAGCCCAAGAUAGUGAAAAAGCGAACCAAGAAGUUCAUUCGCCAUCAGUCUGAUAGAUAUGUUAAGCUUAGGCCAAACUGGCGCAAGCCCAGGGGUAUCGACAACAGGGUCCGCAGGAGGUUUAAGGGCCAGAUGCUGAUGCCCAGCAUCGGUUAUGGUAGCAACAAGAAGACCAAGUUCAUGCUGCCAUCUGGCUUCAAAAAGUUCCUGGUGCACAACGUGAAGGAGCUGGAGGUCCUGAUGAUGAGUAACAAGACCCACUGUGCUGAAAUCGCCCACAACGUCUCCUCUAAGAACAGGAAGCUGAUUGUGGAGAGAGCAGCUCAACUGGCAAUCAAGGUCACCAACCCCAACGCCAGGCUCAGGAGCGAAGAGAACGAAUAAACUCAUUAUUUACAAUAAACUCUUUAAAACAAAAA